CCACAGCCUCGACGACGUGGUUCAGACGCACAACCAGGCGUUUGAUCAACUCAACAGCCGCCUCCAGCAGUUGGAGCAACGACCCGUCGCCGCCCCCGAUGCCAGCACCUCCAACACCUCUGAUCGCCUCAAUGCAUUGGAGAUCAACUUUGAAACCCUCAAGGACGACGCGCAGCACCGCCACGCAACAGCUGGAGCAGCGGAUUUGUGCUACCACCACCACACCGAGUUCGGCACCGCGCGAGAUGACUCCAAAGUUCGAUGGUCAGGAGAUCUUCUGCGAUUCGACGAAGACGGACCCGAUUCCGUGGUUCCGCAAGUUCGAGCUCAAGUUGCGGCUACACCACGUCAGCGAGGACAAGCAUCACGUGUACUUAUACUCUCGGUGGGGGGGUGCGUGCCAAGCAUGCUUGGACAAUCUCUUGUACCGGGUGGUAGCUGCCGACUUGUACAACAAGAUCAGUUGGGAUGAUCUAAAGGCGGCGUGGCAUAAGCGGUUCCAAGUAGAGCCGCCAGAGAUCAAGGCAAUGGACAAAUUGCUGACCUUCGAACAAGGCACGUUGCUGAGUGUUGACUGGAUUGCCGAGUACCAAUGCUUGACAUCCGUCUCAAACAUCCAAAUGGGCUUCAAGGCCGCCAAACACUACUCCAUCACGAGGUCGUGUCCGGCGUCGAGCAAUGCCUUGACUCACGUCGAGGACACCCUGACGACAAUGGCAGAGCUCUUCGACAAGGCCGUGCAGAUCAUUGUCACAAACAAGGAGGCUAAGAACCUCAACCGUUCGUCUGCGACAGGCCCGAGUAGAGAUCAGCAUCGGCUGAAAGUGGUCGUGGUCGUGGCGGCAAGCCAACCGACCAAUCUAGCGAGGCCUUGUCUGCGAAUGAAGGAGGCAGACUCUCAGCCACCCGAGAUGGUGGCCGCCCCAGCAAAGGUCGAGGACGCGGCGAGACGAAGACAAACAUCGCAUCUAUCCCCGGGCCCGGCGCGGCAGCUCCAGCCCUAUGGUCCCACUACGGUCUCUCCGAACGUGCGUACAAGCUACGCACGAGAUUCCGCUAUUGUUUGUGGUGUAACGGCGGUCUCCACGACACAGUGGGCUGCCCGUCGAAAGGCAAAGGCAAAUCGGGAAACUGACCACCCAUUAUGCGCUCAUCUUCACACGUAUCUAUCCUUUUAUGCACCACCAACUUCGCCGAUGGGGGACGAAGCUGCGGUGGGGGACAUCCUUGCGUAUGUUACCGAGGUGGCCCGCGAGUUUCGCGAGCAGCGGUACGAUGACAACAACGCACCGCUCCUCUAUGUCCACAUCCAAGUUGGGCAAGCGUCCUACAGCGCUUUGCUGGAUAGCAGCGCGUCUCGCAAUUUCAUGAACCAAGCCUUUAUGCAAAGGGUUGGCCUUGGCGCACAAGUUCGGAGGAAGGCAAACCCGACGGCAAUCAAGUUGGCGAACGGAAGGACGCAACAACUUAUCGAUCGUUACAUCGAGGCCGUACCGGUGUAUUUCGCACCUCAUGCAUGCGAACCGGUGACAUUCGACAUUUUGGACACCGACUUCGAUAUCGUUUUGGGAAUGCCUUGGCUUGCAAGUGCGGAUCACACGGUCAACUUCAACCAGCGGACUCUUACCGUUCGGGACGCCGUCGGCGCCGCAUUGUCCUGUACUAUUCCUCUUCCGCACUUUGAUCCGAUGCCAAGUGGUGACGGCCAAGUCUUCACCGACAUCUUCGAGUCACCUACCGGUGUGGUGCCGGAUCGGCCGAUCUCUCACGAGACCAUUUUUGAGGCCGGUGCAGUGCCGCCGAUAGGUUGCAUUUACCGCAUGAGCGAGGAAGAGCUUACGGUCCUCCACGCGCAACUCGAUGACUUGUUGGACAAGGGUUGGAUCCGCCCUAGUAGCUCCCCAUAUGGAGCGCCAGUUCUCUUUCUAUGGAAGAAGAACAACGAUCUACGAUUGUGCAUCGACUACCGCAAGCUCAACGUGCAAACCGUCAAGAAUGUGGGGCCUCUUCCUCGUAUUGACGAUCUCCUUGAGCGUUCAGGUGGCGCGAAGUUCUUUUCUAAGUUGGAUUUGAAGUUGGGAUAUCAUGAGAUUUCGAUCCGGCCGAAUGAUCGCUAUAAAUCCGCAUUCAAGACGCGGUAUGGGCAUUUUGAGUGGGUGGUUAUGCCUUUUGGCCUCACCAAUGCCCCGGUGACCUUUCAAGCGGCAAUGACCAACGAGUUUCGUGCGAUGUUGGACCGGUUCGUGUUGGUCUACUUAGAAGACAUUCUCGUCUAUAGCAGGACAUUGGAGGGUCAUCUAGAGCACCUUCAACGAGUGUUGGAAACGCUCCGCCGCGCCAAGUACAAUGCCAACCGCGCCAAGUGUGAAUUUGUCUGGCAAGAGUUGGAAUACUUGGGCCAUUUUGUCACACUGAAGGGCAUCAAACCGUUGUCGGACAAGAUUCAAGGCAAGCCCGUAUCUUCGGCUCCACACCGUACCCGCGUCCAGGUUUCACCUUCAGAUCGUCAGCUUCACCCUCGACCCGGCUUGACUUCAUAAGGAGGGGGGGGUGUUACAUGUUGCGCCUGCAGACGAGGGCCAUUUUCAG